GGCAGCUUCUGCUUCGUAUAAAAGCUAGACACAUCUACACUACUAUGCCGUCAAUGAAUCCUAACGUGAAUCUACCAUAGAUCUCAAAUACAUUCUCACUUGUGAUUGAUUCUCAUCGCGAUUUUUUUUAUCCAACCAUUUAUUACACCCCUCUGUUCAGUUAUGCUGAACCCUGAUUGGUCCACUAAUUACUGGCCUUCAUCUAUCUACACCAGUUAAGCUUCUGUAAACAGAAUUCAGGUAAUGGCAUUUGACAGCUUGGACACGUGGAUUAUGUCUCUUAAGACUAAUGAUAUCGAGAUCGUUCAAACAAAUGCUAGAGAUCUAAUUAAUUAUGGUCAUACUACUAAUAAUAAUAGUAAUGGUAGUAGAAGACAAACAGAACAGUAUUUAGAUUAUAUUCGAUGUAUGAUUGGAUGGAGAAAUAUCAUUUAUACAUGUUUAACAUCAAAUCAAACAUUGGAUGAAAGUCAUUUACUAGAUUUAGCAAAAUUUCUACAAAAUAUGGCUAUUUCUACUCAAAGAUUAUUAGAAGCAAAUGUAGACUUGUGUGUAUUUUGUCGUAACAACAAUGAACCUAAAGAGAUGUAUACUAGUCAUAAAGUUAAAGAUCGUUUUGGUCGAGUAACUUGUCCAAUUCUACGUAAAUUUACUUGUCCAUUAUGCGGUGCUACUAAAGAUCGUGCUCACACAAUAAGAUAUUGUCCGAGAUUAUUAUUAACAUAUAAUAAUCGAAAUGGUAACAGUAGUGGUGGACCAACUUGUCCUAUGAUUGAAGCUGGUUUGUUGGAACCGAUACAGUUCUCUACAUCGAAUUCAAUUUAAGAAUGAAAUCUACUUGAUAAUAAAAGGACAAUUCAAAUGAAAUAUUUUCCAACCGAUUUAUGAUGAUAUUUAUGAUGAUAUAUUGACUAUUAUUAUUAUUAUCACCAUAAAUCAAUGCUAAUAAAUUAUUCCAUGAUCAGUUUAUAAUGGGAA